AUGACUUCUACUAAACCAAAUGCAACUACAACUGCUCAACAACAAGGCUUUUCCAAUGGUGUAUGUGAAGCCCAGCAUCACCAACCCAUUGAAGGAUCAUCGAAAGAUCACCAAAAUCAAAAUGCUCCACCAGAGAAUCCACAACAUCAAGGUGAAGUUAGCAAGAGAGAGUCCAAGAGCUCUUCAUCUGUGGCCGCGUUACUGACUACUGCUCAUUUGAAAUCAUAUCCCAUUAUUGCAUCUAGUGAAUCUUUAAUCAAGAUGAUUCCAUUAAGUGGCUACGUAACCGGCGCCACCAAAUCUACAUUCGCAUUUAUCCGUGGAUUCCAACCAUUCAAAUACCUUGUCGAGACCAGUGACAUUUACUCCAACCUCCUUUUAACCAAGUUGGACACGAUUGCACCAAGCUUGCAAACCGUUGAAGUGCAAGAUUUGACCAAUCCUAUAACCACGCCAGUCCUCGUUGCAGUUGAUACUGUGAAUUACAAAAUCUCCGCCAUAAAUGAAACCGUCUCCAAACAUAUUGUUGAGCCGGUCAACAAGACCAUCGUUGAGCCUACAAGGGUCAAGAUUUCCAGCGUGUCUCAAGAGUUGCACAACAAGACUCAUGAUGAGCAUGGGAAGAACAUUUUUAUCAAACCGGUUGAUCCCGUUGUUGCACCAUUUAAUGAAUCGUUGGAACAGUUUGUUGAUAACCAUUUCCCCAACCACAAAAAGUUGCAUGAGGGAAACGAUGGUGGAAAAGCUUCUGCUGCUGGUACUGGCGCUGGUGCUCAAGGUAAUGUAGGUAGUGAAAUCGCAAGAACGUUCAAGAUUGUCGGAUCUAUCAUGACCAAAGAGAGUAUUGGUGUAAACAAUGAUGGUACGACUACAACCACCACGACCGUUGUUAAUGCUAAUGGAACCACGUCGCAAAAUGACAAAUCUGGACAAGGGGUGAAGAAGACAUCGCGCUUUUUUCAAGCAAGGCAUUAG